CUGUCGGCCCGGAAGUAAAGCCGGGUUGCUGCCCGGAGCUCUUUCUUUGCUGUAAGGCUCCCAUCCUGACGGUGUGCCGUUCCUCUUUCAUUGCUGCCCAAACCCCGCCAUGUCCUAUCCGACGGAGGAUUACGAGGAGGGCUCGUAUGAUCCUUAUACUUAUCCAGGAGACUAUGAUAUGCAUACCGGGGAUCCAAAACAGGAUCUUGCCUAUGAACGACAGUAUGAACAGCAAACCUAUCAAGUGAUUCCUGAGGUGAUAAAAAACUUUAUCCAGUACUUUCAUAAGACUGUGUCUGAUCUGAUUGACCAGAAAGUAUAUGAGCUGCAGGCCAGUCGUGUAUCUAGUGAUGUCAUUGAUCAGAAGGUGUAUGAGAUCCAAGACAUCUAUGAAAACAGCUGGACCAAACUGACAGAAAGGUUCUUCAAAAACACACAAUGGCCAGAGGCAGAGGCUAUUGCACCGCAAGUUGGAAAUGAUGCGGUCUUCCUGAUUUUAUACAAGGAGCUGUAUUACAGACACAUCUAUGCUAAAGUCAGUGGUGGUCCAUCUUUGGAACAGAGAUUUGAGUCUUAUUACAACUACUGCAAUUUAUUCAACUAUAUUCUCAAUGCAGAUGGACCAGCUCCCCUGGAACUGCCCAACCAAUGGCUCUGGGAUAUCAUUGAUGAAUUCAUCUAUCAGUUCCAAUCCUUCAGUCAGUACCGCUGCAAGAUGGCCAAGAAGUCUCAAGAAGAGAUCGAAUUCUUGCGUUCAAACCCCAAGAUCUGGAAUGUCCACAGUGUUCUCAAUGUGUUGCACUCCCUGGUGGACAAAUCCAACAUCAAUCGGCAGCUAGAGGUCUACACUAGUGGAGGUGACCCUGAGAGUGUAGCUGGGGAGUAUGGUCGCCACUCUCUCUAUAAGAUGUUAGGCUAUUUUAGUCUUGUGGGCCUGCUGCGCCUCCAUUCGCUCCUGGGAGAUUACUACCAAGCCAUCAAGGUUUUGGAGAACAUUGAGCUCAACAAGAAGAGUAUGUAUUCACGAGUGCCAGAAUGCCAGGUCACUACCUAUUACUAUGUAGGCUUUGCAUACCUCAUGAUGCGACGCUACCAAGACGCCAUCCGUGUCUUUGCAAAUAUCCUCCUGUAUAUUCAGAGGACCAAGAGCAUGUUCCAGAGGACAACCUACAAAUAUGAAAUGAUUAACAAACAAAAUGAGCAGAUGCAUGCCCUUCUGGCCAUUGCUCUCACUAUGUAUCCUAUGCGCAUCGAUGAAAGCAUUCACCUACAGCUCCGAGAGAAAUAUGGGGACAGGAUGCUGCGUAUGCAGAAGGGUGACCCUCAAGUGUAUGAAGAGCUCUUCAGCUAUGCCUGUCCCAAGUUCCUCUCUCCUGUGGUCCCCACCUAUGACAAUGUGCAACCCAACUACCAUAAGGAGCCUUUCCUGCAGCAGCUGAAGGUCUUUGCCGAUGAAGUCCAGCAGCAAGCCCAGCUUUCCACCAUCCGCAGCUUCCUAAAGCUCUACACCACUAUGCCUGUUGCCAAGCUGGCUGGCUUCCUAGACCUGACGGAGCAGGAGUUCCGCAUCCAGUUGCUGGUCUUCAAACACAAGAUGAAGAACCUGGUCUGGACAAGCGGCAUCUCUGCCCUGGAUGGGGAGUUCCAGUCAGCCUCUGAGGUGGACUUCUACAUUGACAAGGAUAUGAUCCAUAUUGCAGACACAAAGGUUGCUCGCCGUUAUGGAGAUUUUUUCAUCCGCCAGAUCCAUAAGUUUGAGGAGCUGAAUCGUACUCUGAAGAAGAUGGGCCAAAGACCUUGACAGUCUUCUAGAAUGAGUUGUCAAGUUGCCUGGCUUUUUCUGUUAAAAGGGCAAGGGGAGCGCUGGCAAGGGUGGGGGCGGGAAUGAACUAAAAAUCUGGAACUUUCUGUAGCUCUCUGCAGUUUUACUUGGAUAGCAGACAGCUGAGUUCAUAUAAAGGGCUAAGGAAUCAAAUUAAAUGAGUGAAAUCUCUGUUGUACCUCUAGAGUGAUCGUUCAUUUGUCCCUUUGAGGGGAGAGGUGACCAGUCUUCUAACUACUUUUGAUAUCCUAACCUAGCUGGAGGGGAGCUCCUGCUUCCACUCUGUGGGAGUUGUGUAAGGAUACUUGGCAGGCAGAGCACAUAUCAGAACACAGCUGUUUACCACUAUUUUGAGAGGUGACCUGCAGAUGCUGGUUUCAAAAACAAUGAAAAACUUGGAUCUAUGCCCCUUUCCCUGGCUGCUUUCUUCCUAUACUUGAAGAAAGAAGGGAAUCUGCAUUUCUAGGAUGCCAUAUGGGUUUGAUCCAUCUUACCUGGGUUAGUAUUAACCCCAUCUCAGGCUAUUUACUGCUUACCCUUCAGGGGUGUACUGUCACGACUCACUAGUGUUUUGUUAAUUUUCAAUAUCAAAUAGCUUUUGGAUGCUUCUGUUGUUAAUGCUGAAAUUGACCUGUAAUGCUGAAAUUGACCAUUAUUUUUUUGUAAGUCUCUUACAAUGGAAAACAUAGCAGUGAAAAAGCCCUUCUUCAGGUUACUGUUGUAUGAAAUAAAAGGAGCUAAGGCUAGAGUCCUAUGCA